AUGCAUUUUUCGAAUUUAUUUCAAAUAUUUCUCUGGGCUCGCGUCGCCGUAAUUGCGUCGUUUUUUAUUACUUUUUUGUUGUUAUGGAAUUACCGAAAUGUUCAAAAUUCUUCACAAUAUCAUGCAAAUUCAAAAGGAAAAUUUGUUUUCGAAGAAAAUUGCACGAGGAGCGGGUGGAAUUUAAAUACAACUGCGGAGCGGACCAUGGACUACGGCACCAGCUUCAUCAUAUCCUUCGCAGACAUUCAAAAAACCUACAAAUGGCUCUACCUACCUGAAACCGACAUCGUCUUGCGGAGCCCUGACAUUCUCAUGAUGGUCGCCUCGAGGACUGAUAGUUUUGCCAGGAGGAAUGUUUUGAGGAAGACUUGGAUGAAUAAGAAUUAUAGUGAAAUUGUGAGGGAUGGACGGAUGAAGGCGCUAUUUUUGGUUGGUAUGGUGUCGGAGGACUAUCGAGUCAGGAGGAUUGUGAUGGAAGAGGCAAAGUUGUAUGGGGAUAUGGUGGUCAUUGAUUUGGAGGAUACUUAUGAUGAUUUGCCGUUUAAGUCCCUCUCCCUGCUGCUCUACGCAGUGAGCAAGGCUCCAGAGUUCAAAGUUAUUGGGAAAAUCGAUGAAGAUGUCAUGUUCUUCCCCGACAAGCUAAUCCCAUUGCUCGAUGGAAAAGUUAUCGAUCCGGAUGCCGCGGCCUUCUACGGGCAGCUCCUGAAAGAGGGGGAACCCGUUAUUAAGAAAAAGGAUGCUCACUGGUACGUACCCGAUUACGCGUACAACUGCACAGGAUACCCAGCAUACGUCGCCGGCCCAUUCUACCUGGCUACUAGGAAAGCCGCCAAGCUGGUGCUGAAAUUCACAAAGUUUCAGAAUUUUAUGACGGUUGAGGACUCCCUUAUCACCGGAAUUCUAGCCAAUGACCUAGGGAUACCGAGGAAAAAUUUGGAGCAUGUGUACAGGCAUGAUUAUGAUAUCCAAGAUAACGAGGGGAAGGAGAUUUUGGCGUGGCAUUCCUUUAAAAAUAAUAUUCCAUAUCGAAAUUUUUUUGUGAAGCGAGUUGCAAGGCAUCGCUACGAGCAGAAUUUGUCCAAUAUGCUUUUGGAGAUUAAUCGCUAA